ACAUUAUUUACAUAAUUUGUAGUAAAACAGUAUCCACCAUAGAUAAAAAGGACAGAUUACGCAAGAUAUCAGAAGCAGAAAUCACAGCUAAAGUUCAUCAUGAAUGGAGAAGAAGAAAAGAUGAACAGCUUGAGAAAAGUUUACAUGAACAGAUGAAAGCUCUUGAACCUUUUACGGAAACUAUAGUUAUAGAAGAUGAAGAGUCUACUCAAACACUACCAGAAAUUACAGCUGAUAUGAAGGAAAUUAUUGAGAAAGCUUUACAAUCUGGUCCAACACAAGCUGUAUUAUCAGAAGGAUAUAAAUUACAGAUAUUAAAACAAGACAUGUUAACACUAAAAGGUUUAAAUUGGUUAAAUGAUGAGGUGAUAAAUUUCUAUAUGAAUAUGUUGAUGGAAAGAGGAGAAAAUGACAACAUGCCAAAAGUUCAUGCAUUUAAUACAUUUUUCUACCCUAAAUUAAUGGGUGCUGGUCACUCAGCAGUACGACGGUGGACUAAACGUGUUGAUGUAUUAGCUGUAGAUUAUAUUUUAAUACCAGUACAUCUGGGAAUGCAUUGGUGUUUAGCUAUAAUUGACUUCAGAAACAAAUGUAUCAAAUAUUAUGAUUCUAUGGGUGGUAAUAAUAAUAAAUGUCUAAAUGCUUUGAGACAAUAUUUAUGUGAAGAAAGUUUAGAUAAAAAGAAACAACAGUUUGAUUUGUCAGGUUGGACUAGUGUUAAUGUCAAGGACAUCCCUCAACAAAUGAAUGGUAGUGAUUGUGGUAUGUUUGCCUGUAAAUAUGCUGAGUAUAUCACAAGAGGAGCUGAGAUAACUUUCACACAGGAUGAUAUGCCAUAUUUUAGAAGAAGAAUGGUUUAUGAAAUAAUGAAAAAGAAAUUACUCCAAUGAUGAUAAAAUUUAGUUGGUUGGAGACUGAAGGUUAUGCUUCAGUGGUUGAAUUAAGUAACAGAAUCCAGAUCUGAGGGAAGUUGGUGACCUUUGUAUCUUAGAAAGAAUAUAGGAAAGGCUAGUCUCAAAUGUUGAGAAUUGUAUAAAUAGUGAAGAAGGUGGUUCUAAUGAACAGUCAAUGUUAUAUAUUUACCGGUAAUUUAUAAUUAGUGCUAAUUAUAUCAUCUUGUAUAUUGAUCAAUCAUGUUUUACAUUUAUAUCAUCACAUUGAAUAAAUCUACCUUAAAAUGAC